GUGUAAAUGCACGUGCCCUGGUCCUUUACCUUGCACACACUUACUAUGCGCAUGCCUGCCUCGAGCACAACCUCAUCAUCAACAGAUAUCACUCAACCAUGUUAUCAACUCUUCUGUUUGCCCUGAACGUCGUGCACGGGACAACAGCAUGCCAGCGGGAAUUGCGCGGCCUUGAUCUCGGCCAGCAGUUGCGACAGCUUCCUGUAUUGCCUCGCCAGACAGCGCUAUUCCCCCCAGUAUGGAACGAGAAUGAGAGGAUUCUACACACAUCCUUCUCAACUGCAACUAUAGAUGCAUGGUCCUCUUGCUAUACCCAUGGCGACCACAUCGCUGGACGCAACAAAUCCAUGGCGGAGAAGACCGCAAAGACGUGGACGGAGAAUGGGGUACCUGCCUCACUCGUAGAGUAUGAAGUAUUCCUCAAUUACCCAAAAGAGCAGAAGCUGAUCCUGAAGACGGGCAAUCUCACUCAACAUACGGCUCAGCUGUACGAAGAUGCUUUACCGGAGGACGACACGACAAGUUACCCACAGAGCCUAGCGUUGCCAGCAUUCCAUGGCUAUUCUGCUUCUGGCCAAGUAGAAGCAGAGUACGUCUAUGUUGGUCGUGGCCACAAAGACGACUUUGCUGCACUCGUGGCGGCCAACGUCAACUUGGUAGACAAGAUUGCCCUUGCCAAAUAUGGUGGACCGUUCCGUGGUGUCAAAGUUCGCAAUGCAGAAGCCCAUGGCAUGGUAGGAGUCGUCAUGUUCAGUGAUCCCGGGGAUGACGGGCCGCAGGUGGCAAAGAGACAGGCUGCAUACCCCAAUGGUCCAGCACGCCAACCUUCCUCCGUCCAACGAGGAUCUGUUGCGUACAUCAAUCAGUACCCCGGUGAUCCAACAACUCCCGGAUAUGCAUCAAAGCCUGGCGUCCAGCGUGUCAGCACUCCACCAAAUCUUCCCAAGAUUCCAUCUUUGCCCAUCUCCUACCGCGAUGCGUUACCCCUUCUGAGAGCUCUGGAUGGGUAUGGCGUAUCAGGAAAGUCGAUCAAGCGAGAUGGGUGGAUCGGCGGUUUGGCUGCAACUUAUAGCACUGGGCCUGCAUCAGGCGCCACUCUUGCUCUCACCAACUUCAUGGAAGACAAGAUUACGCCAGUUUGGGACGUCAUUGGCAUCAUCAACGGUACGAAUGCAGACGAGACUAUCAUCAUUGGGAAUCAUCGAGAUGCAUGGAUCGUCGGCGGAGCAGCGGAUCCGAACUCAGGCUCAGCUAUCAUGAUCGAAAUCACGAGGGCUUUUGGAGAACUGCAAAAGACUGGUUGGGUGCCUCGUCGAAAUAUGCAAGCCUACAAGACCUUCGUCUUCGCAUCCUGGGACGCGGAAGAAUACGCCCUAAUCGGCUCAACAGAAUGGGUAGAAGAACACGCUCCCUGGCUCACCGCCACAGCCAUAACCUACCUCAACGUCGACAUCGGCGUCGCCGGUCCUCUUCCCGGCGCAGGCUCCACCCCCGAACUCCGCACCAUCGCCCAAGAUGUCAUGAAGAAGGUCAUCUAUGGUAAAAGAACUCUUUACGAUGCAUGGUACGAUCUCUACCGUUUCCGCCCCGAAGACAACGGCUUCACCAACCUGGGAAGCGGAAGCGACUACACCGCUUUCCUCCAACUGGGUAUCGGUGCGCUGGACUUUGGAAUGGAUGCAUCGAUUACCACACCGGUUUAUCACUAUCACAGUAAUUAUGACUCGUAUCACUGGAUGAAGAGUAUGAUCGAUCCGGACUUCAGUAUUCAUGCUACUGUGGGUCAAUGUAUCACGCUGCUGGCGUACCAUCUAGCAGACGACGCUCUUAUUCCGUUUGAUAUGGAUACGUAUGCCCGCAACAUCAAUUACUGGAUUCGCGACCUUGUAGGCGAGACGAUGGGUCGUCCCGACAGUGGUGAGCUUCAACGCCAGAUUAAGCUUAACGAGCUUGCGGCUGCGGGGAGAACGUUCCAACAAACUGCCUCGGACUUUGCGGACCGGACGACUGAGAAGGCGUUUUUGAAUGACGAGGGGAGGGUACAAAAGGCGAACCGCAUCAUGAGGGACGUGCAGCGACUUUUUGUGAGAGCAGAAGGCUUGCCUGGACGGCUGUUCUACAAGAACGCGUUGUAUGCGCCGAAUCGGGAUGAUGGGUACAAAGCGCAAAUGCUUCCUGCGAGUAUGGAGGCGCUUCAAGACGGGAACUUGACGCUGUGUCUGGAGUGGAACGUCUGGCUUAUGGAGGCGAUUGAUAAAGCGGCGAAGUUAUUGGCGACAGCUUGAGAAAGUAGCCAAGGAGAAUGGAACGCUAUUGCGGCACGUUGGGUAGGAUAGGUUCAUUGCUGGUAUCGCAAUAGCGAUCAUGGAAAGGAAUGAGGCCCUGCUUUGCCGUGCGACAAUUGUAUCGAUAUGCGCAAAAUUGAUCAUAUACGUACCCAUGCGGAGGUUCUGCGAGACGCUCC